UUGGUAUUAUUAGUUUCAGAGAGCGAGAACCCAAACUGUUAGGGUUAGGGUUAGGGUUAGGGCUAGGGCAUUAACUUUAUUGUUUCAUCAUUCUUCGAUUUUGGUUUUUGAAGAUGAGGCCAGUUUUCGUUGGUAACUAUGAGUACGAUACCCGUCAAUCAGAGCUUGAACGCUUGUUCGCCAAGUAUGGAAGGAUUGAGCGCGUUGACAUGAAAUCUGGUUUUGCUUUUGUCUACUACAAGGACGAGCGAGAUGCUGAAGACGCAGUUCGUGCACUUGACGAUUUUCCAUUUGGAUAUGAAAAGCGAAGGCUGUCUGUGGAGUGGGCUAGGGGUGAACGUGGCCGCAAUCGUGAUGGUUCUAAGGCAAACCAGAAGCCCACAAAAACUCUAUUUGUGAUUAAUUUUGACCCAAUUCGAACCAGAGUCCGUGACAUCGAAAGACACUUUGAACCUUAUGGGAAGCUUCUUCAUGUUCGAAUUCGUCGGAACUUUGCAUUUGUGCAGUUUGAAACACAAGAAGAUGCUACCAAAGCUCUUGAGUGUACACAUAUGAGUAAGAUAUUGGACCGAGUGGUGUCUGUUGAGUAUGCUCUGAGGGAUGAUGGUGAGAAGAGUGACAAAUAUGAUGACAGUCCUAGAAGAGGGGGUUAUGGGAGAUCACCCAGUCCAGUUCAUCGUAGGCGAUCAAGUCCUGACUAUGGUCGUCCACACAGUCCUUUGCAUGAUAGGUUCAAUGGAGCAGCCUAUGACCGGCGCAAGAGCCCUUAUUAUGGUAGGCAUGUGAGUCCUGAAUAUGGUAGAUAUCGCAGUCGUUCACCAAUAAGAAGGUCAAGAACUUAAAAGCGAUGCUCUGUUUUGGGGUAUGAAGCAGGCUGCAGUGGCACCAUUUUACUUUUUGGGUUUUGGAUUGGUGUACUGUUCCCAUUUUAAUGCUUGGUUUCUUCUAGAUGUGUAGCAACUCAGAGCCAAUUAUACUUAUAGGACCUUAAUAUAAUAUGUUUAAAGUCAGAAUUGUUGAUUCGUGUUGUAGGGACAUCAUCUCGUGCUAUAUUUAAAAUCAUUUUUUCGAUCCUAGUGCUAUUGUUAAAGUUAGGCGAUUGAAUUUUCUGUUGCUAGUGAAUUAACCAAUAGUUUGUAGUUUUCAUCCGAGGGAUGGAAGCGUAAAUGUUCAUGCUAGGAAUGAUCAAAUAUCAAUGCUCAGUAAGUUAUGGUAUUCUUGUGUGUUUCAAAACGUUGCUUCUAGACCC